AUGGUUAGUAAGAGGGGUCAUGAGCCUGAGCCAGAAAAGGUGAAGGUAAUUCAGAAUUUAUCACCUCCUACCAGUGUGAAGGAAGUGCAACGUGUAUUGGGACACACCGGUUGGUAUAGGAAGUUGAUUGAAGAUUACGCCACUAUUACCCUUCCUAUCACUAGCCUUCAGAAGAAAGGCACCAAAUUUAUAUGGACUCAGGCUUGUAAUGAUGCUUUCGAGGUUCUAAAGAAGGAAUUGUCUUCUUAUCGAAUAUUGAGGCCCCCGAGGUGGGACUUGCCUUUCCACAUCUAUUGUGAUGCAAGUGCGGUGGCAGUUGGCAGAAUUCUGUGCCAACUUGUAGAAGGCCCAAGCAAGGGCAAGGAUCAUCCAAUUGCCUACGCUAGUAGGCAAUUAAAUCUUGCAGAGAAAAAUUAUUCCACCACUGAGAGGGAAUGUCUAGCCAUGGUGUUCUCAGCUAAGAAGUUUAGACAUUAUCUGUUGAGCAACAAAGUGGUUUUUUAUGUGGAUCACAUGGCCAUCAAGUAUUUGGUUAACAAACCUGAGUUGAGCGGUCGGCUAGCUAGGUGGAUCUUGUUGCUACAAGAGUUUGAUUACAUUGUGGAGUACAAACCUGGAUCCAUACACAAACAAGCAGAUCACAUGUCGAGAUUGCUUGGAGGAAUGGAGACCCACCCGAUUGAUGAUAGAUUGAUAGACGAGAGUCUUUUCUUGGUGACAGCUAGACCAGCAUGUGCGUGUGGCGGACAUUUUUCUGGCCAAUUGACUGGUCAGAAAAUUCUUAGGGCUGGUUAUUACUGGCCAACACUCUUCAAGGACGCUCAUACCUAUGUGAGGCAUUGUCAUGCAUGUCAGAGAUUUGUUAGGAAUGACAUUCACAUGCAAUUGCUGCUUCACAUUUCCCUACCAUUGGUACCAUUCGAGAAGUGGGGCAUCGAUUACGUGGGAGAGAUUCAUCCUCAUUCAUCUCGAGGAAUGGCAUAUAUUGUAGUGGCCACUGAAUAUCUCACUAAGUGGGCUGAAGCCAAGGCUGUGAGGACAAAUGAUGCCAAGAAUGCUGCAAUCUUUCUCUUUGAGAAUGUGAUUACUAGAUUUGGAGUCCCGAAGAUCCUUGUGAGUGAUCGAGGUACUCAUUUCUUCAACGAGGUGAUUGAAUCCAUGACUGAGCGAUUCCAGAUUGAUCACCGGAAGACUACACCCUAUCACCCUCAAACCAAUGGUCAGACAGAGCGAGUCAACCAAACACUUGGUACUAUAUUGAGGAAAACUGUUAGAGACUCCAAGCGUGAUUGGGAUGUGAAACUGCCAACCGCCUUAUGGGCAUAUAGAACAAGAUUCAAGGUCACCACGCAGGCUACGCCAUUCUCUCUAGUCUAUGGACUGGAAGCAGUUUUACCAAUUGAGUUUGAGGUUCCAUCCCUUCGGAUUGCAGUAGAUUUUAGAUUGACUGACAGACAAUCUUUAAAGACAAGGUUGUACGAGCUCGAGGCGUUGGAUGAGAGAAGAAGACGAGGGGCUCAACACAUUGAGGCCAUCCAGAGGCGGCGCAAGGUCGUGUUUGAUAAACGGAACAAGACUCGGGUCUUGCAACCUGGUAUGCUAGUAUUGUUACAAGAUGUUCGGAAGAUCGACUUUCCAAGCAAGUUUGAUGCCGUAUGGUUGGGUCCUUAUCUUGUCAAGGAGGUGUUUUUAAACAACUCCAUGCAAUUGGAGACCUUGAAUGGUCAAUUGUUUCCCACACGAACAUCAGUGCAGUUGAGCAGACGCGAUGCAAUUCCUCAACCUUCGCGUUUCAUCGACUCGGUGGAUGAUCUCUUCGACAAUGCGGACAUCUUCGUAUAUAAACUGCGGUUGGAGGGGCAGACGGGCUACCCCGCUGAUUGCAGCUAG